GUAUAUGUACGUGUCAACUACUUUACCAUACUGUAAAUGCGUAACAUAGUACUUAAUUGUGUCGAUAGAUGGUAGCUUCAACAAAAAUCACACGAUUUAAGUUACUCAACUAACCUCUAUAUGAUUGAAGUUUACACAACAGGUUAUAUACAGCUGAUACGAUGUCGGAGUUUAUAAGUAGUAGUAUCGUUUAAUUAAAAAAGUAUAGUGAAUAAAUUAUUUAAUGCUCAGCACGUGCAACGUGAAAAUAUAAGUCCUACAAUCUAAUUAAUGAAUAUUUAUAAGUUGUUGUAUUCAAUGGCACGAAGAAAUUAUGGAAGAGGCAGAAAUAGUGGAGCACUUUUACGGAGUAUAUUUAUUAUAUUGUUUGAAUCCAAAGUACAAAGGUAGAAUUUAUAUAGGUUACACUGUAGAUCCACGACGUAGAAUUAAACAACACAAUGCCGGUAGAGAACAUGGCGGUGCAUACAAAACUAGCAAAAAAGGUCCAUGGAGCAUGGUGUUAAUUAUUCAUGGCUUUCCUAACAGUACUUCUGCAUUGAGAUUCGAAUGGGCAUGGCAGCAUCCUCACACAAGUCGACGUUUAAGGCAUGUAUCGAAAAAAAAAUCAACUCAAAAAACCAUAGAAUUUUAUUUGAUGGUUCUCUCAGAAAUGCUCAAAGUCGGACCCUGGUGUCGUUUACCUUUAACGAUUCGUUGGCUGGACGAUGACUUCGCUCAAACUUAUUCCACUUCCUUUUCACCGCCUCUACACAUGCCGAUAUGUUACGGGAAAGUUAUACCGCGAAAGGUCACUAAGAGAAGUCCAAGAAAAGAGAAGACCAACGAAUCACAGAUGCAAGAAGAUUACAUUCCUAUACAACUUUGCUCGAUUUGCGGAUUAAUAAGCGAAAGAAACGAGUCCAUUACGUGUAUAAAACCGAGUUGUCGACUGAUAGCACAUUUAAUUUGUUUGGCACAACAUUUUUCUAAGGAUGAUCAAAUCUUACCAAUCGAGGGUACAUGUCCUUCCUGUAAUACCAACGUCCUUUGGGGUGAUUUGAUAAGGAAGAUGAUUGGUUGUUAUCAAGACUUGCAAAGUGACGUUGAUAACUCUCCACUUAUAAUUAGUAGCGAUGAAGAUAUCGUAGAUUAAAUUAUUAAUUAAUCGUUAGAUCAAUUAAGAUUAAUUGUCGGAUUUACAUUUUACUCUGCACAAUUAUGUUUUAUUAAAAGCCAAUAAGAAAAUAAUUCUUUACAACUUAUCCUCGAUCAUUAACAUUAUUGAAAGAUAUACAUAAAUAUUUCUCGCAUAGUGUGCUAGAUAUACGAAGUUAUAACAUAAAUACUACUUUAAUAUGUAAUUAGCACGCGCGUAGCGCGAACCGUUAGUACUUUUGUCAUACGUGAUCAAACGAAGCAGCAUAUAUCGUGCUGUCCUUAAUUGUUAACUAACAUUUAGGUCGCAGCAAUCAUUUUCUUUGCCGUCGUCAAAUCUAUGUUAAUCAUAAAAUACAUACACAUACAUGUAUCCCUAACUAAUAAGAAACAUAAGUAAAUAAAUAAAUAAAUAAAAAACGUA